AUGAACUCCAUCGCCCAGCUUGCUGCCCGCUCUGCACGCGUCAAUGGCGCCUCUGCAUUGCGACAGGCAAACCCAAUCGCUCGCCGAGCUUUCACAAAUGGCCCAACAACCUCAAUCUCUCGCUUCCAGCCAUCCACCAACAAGUCUGGUCUGCUCUCCAACAACGCCAUGCUCCGCAACGCAUGCUCCAACUUCACCCGCGGCCAAUCGCGUGGCGUCGUCACCGAGACCAUCACCGUUGGAGCCGCCAUCCUAGGUGCCGGUAAACUCAUCGGAGCUGGAGCCGCCGCUGCAGGACUCAUCGGUGCUGGAACUGGCAUUGGCACGGUCUUUGGAUCCCUCAUCACGGGCGUUGCACGGAACCCAGCACUCCGGGGACAAUUGUUCUCGUAUGCCAUUCUGGGCUUUGCGUUUGCUGAGGCCACCGGCUUGUUCGCCCUGAUGGUUUCAUUCUUGAUUCUGUUCGCUGUGUAA